ACCACACUUCACUUCAAGACUCUAGUCAGUUCUCACAACCUUCAACAUGAGAGAAAUCGUUCAUAUGCAAACUGGUCAAUGUGGUAACCAGAUCGGAGCUAAGUUCUGGGAAGUGAUCUCUGAUGAACAUGGUAUUGACCCAACUGGAACUUACCACGGUGAUUCUGAUCUUCAGUUGGAGAGAAUCAACGUUUAUUAUAAUGAAGCUACCGGUGGUAAAUAUGUACCUAGAGCUGUUCUCGUCGACUUGGAACCUGGUACCAUGGAUUCUGUGCGGUCAGGACCCUUUGGUCAGAUCUUUCGACCAGAUAACUUUGUCUUUGGACAAUCUGGUGCUGGUAAUAACUGGGCUAAAGGUCAUUAUACAGAAGGUGCUGAAUUGGUAGAUUCCGUUCUUGAUGUGGUCCGUAAAGAAGCUGAAAGCUGUGAUUGUCUUCAAGGAUUCCAGUUGACCCAUUCUCUGGGUGGUGGAACUGGUUCUGGUAUGGGAACCCUCCUCAUCAGUAAAAUCCGUGAAGAAUAUCCAGAUAGAAUCAUGAACACUUUCUCUGUUUGUCCUUCACCAAAGGUAUCUGAUACUGUUGUUGAACCUUACAACGCUACCCUCUCAGUUCAUCAACUGGUAGAAAAUACAGACGAGACUUACUGUAUUGAUAAUGAGGCUCUAUACGAUAUCUGUU